UGAGUGCAGGUUAAGUGCAGAAGCGUCUCUAGUCGCGUGCGCGCGCGCUCUGGAAGCGAAACAGCUGCUCAGUCCGCUGAAGUUUGGCAGUGUGCGUUAGUGAAACUGAUGAUGAAGGCUGGAGCUCCUAACUUGGAUUUCAUUUCACCUUUUAUUGUGAUGCGUCUGUUUUCAUGAGGUAAAGAUGAGGCACAAAGAGUGAAUGCGCACAGAUGGAGAUGUUUGUGCUGUUGUGGGUUUCGGUGUGCGUGAAGACCGCUGUAAAUUCUCCAGUGUCCACAGCAGCAAAGGCUCAGGGUUUUUUGGAGCGGUAUGGAUACCUGCAUGAGAAGAAUAAAACUCAUAAUGCAGCUGAAGUCAAAUCAGCCAUCAGAGAGUUUCAGUGGCUGUCUCACAUGCCCAUCACUGGAAAACUGGAUGGUGCCACACUGGAGAAGAUGACAUCACCCCGCUGUGGGGUUAAAGAUGCCCGUAGCCUAAGUGCCUGGGGUCAAAGGGUCAACAGCAUCUUCACAGGCCACUUGUACCGACACGAGCAGCAUCUUCGUCAGAAACGUAACGUUGUGUCAGGUGAGAAGUGGUAUAAACGUCACCUGACCUAUCGUAUCAUGAACUGGCCACAUAACCUCUCUCCCGGUCAAGUGCGUCUGGCGGUGAACACGGCCUUUCAGCUCUGGAGUAAUGUAUCUGGACUGAUCUUUCAGGAGGUCAGUCAGGGUCCCACCGACAUCCGUCUGGCCUUCUUUGAAGGAGAACAUAAUGAUGGAACAGGGAACGCAUUCGACGGACCAGGUGGCUCUCUGGCUCACGCGUUUUUUCCAUUUCGUGGUGAGGCUCACUUUGACAUGGCUGAACGCUGGACACUCAAUGGCAUCAAAGGACACAAUCUGUUUCUGGUAACAGCUCAUGAGAUUGGCCACACCCUGGGUUUGGUUCAUUCACCCGUCCGUCAUGCUCUUAUGUCACCCUACUAUAAGAAGAUGGGUCGCAAUACAUUGCUCAGCUGGGAUGACAUCACCGCCAUACAACAAUUAUAUGGUAAACCAUCUGAUGCCGGAUUUAAGCAGUUGACAGGACAAGAUUUGACUUGGGCCGUACAGGGCUGGGAGAUUUCUGAAGAUUCCCCUAUACCCCACUACUGUCUGGAUUUCUUUGAUGCCAUCACCAUGGAUAAGAACGAGACGGUGCUGGUGUUUCAGGGCCGUCUGUUCUGGACGAUAUCUAACGGCACUGCGAGCGCUCCACUUCCUCUACAGACACGCUGGCCAAAACUCCCAUUAGCCAUUGAAGCAGCUGCGUUCUCCCCGAUAGACAACAAACUUUACUUCUUUAAAGGCAAAUGGAUGUGGCGUUUCUCAGGCACUGAUCUUGACACUGGAUUUCCCAAGAACAACAUUAAAUUAGGCCUCCCAAAGCAUCCUGAUUGUGCCUUCUUCUACCGGCCAUUAGGCCACAUGGUGCUCCUGAAAGGAUCGCGUUACUACGUCCUAAACCUGGAGACUCUUAAACCGGAGCCGUAUUACCCUCGUCCUCUGACUGAUUGGACGGGGAUUCCACGGGGGGUAAACGGGGCCCUGACGCGGCCUGAUGGAAAACUCUACUUCUUUAAAGAACAGCACUACUGGAGGUUUGAUCCAGGGAAGGUGCGCGUCACUGCCAAUGGAAAGUGGACAGAAAGACUGAAGUGGACUGGCUGCCAGACUUCAUCAUUAAAGCCUAAUAACCUUCUAGGACUUUGAUUAGGAGAAUUAGGUGUUGGUGAGAUGUGCAAUUAACAACAGGAAAACUGUCUACAAAUACAACAACAGAAAGAUAAAGUGAUAUACUCGAUUUUAGGUUGAGUUCCCAAUGAUAGAAAGGUGUAGGGCAGGGGUUCUCAAACUUUUCAGCAUGCGUUUCCCCCAAAGAAAAUUCAUGACAUAAAUCGAUAUAAAAUUAAAUAAAAACAUUAAAUUAUACAAUGUAA